AAAGACUUGCUUACGCACCAUAGGGCUCUGGCAGCCGAUAUUGACCCUCGAGAAGUCCGAAUCUCUAAAGUUAGAGACCCACAUGCUAUUAAGAAGCAUCUCCUCAAGCAUGCUCAAAAGGCUUUGGGAGCGAAAAUGGGAGACAAGUCCCACAAGGUCGUUGUCAAGUGUCUGAAAGGGGAUUUCAAGGCAGUCGAUAACACCAAAGAAGACCUCAAGUUGCAGCAAGCAAUCAGCGGUAACGUCGUGUAUCUGUUCCAAAGGUCCGCUAAUAGUACUUGA